AGUAUGCCGGGUGGGCUGCCGCCGGGACUACCCCCAGGCCUGCCCGCCGGCAUCCGGCCACCGGGCCUGCCCACCGGAGUGCCAGGGCUGCAAAACGAAGCGGGUCUGCCGCCCGCGGGCGCGGCCAUGCUGCGCUUCCCGCCCGGCAUGCCGCCGCAGUCCAUGCCGCAGCCCGGUAUGGUGGGCGGGUUCCUGGGCGGGCUGCUGGGCGUGGGCGGGCUGGUGGCGCUGCCGCACUUGCACCCGGCGCACCACGCGCACCACGCGCACCCGCCGCACACGCCGCCCGCGCACCAGCAACAGCAAGCCCAACAGCUUCGGGCCGAGGUGUCUCACGCGGACGACGCAAUGGAGCUGGACAGCGAGGAGCCGGCCGACGCGCCCGCCGCGCCGCCGCUACUCUCCGACCAGCUACAAGCGCUUCUGUCCAAGCCACCUCCAGUGUUCAACGCGUCCGAACCGCCACCCGGCUUCAACCUGUCCGAGCCGCCGCCCUUCAACGCGUCCCAGCCGCCGCCGGACGACAAGCAGGACGACGACCGCAAGAACGACCGCGACCGCAGGGAUCGGGACAGGGACAGGGACAGGAGGGACGGCGGGCGGGACAGGAGGGACAGGGAUAGAGAGCGUGGUGGCAGAGAUCGAGGACGGGAUCGGGAUAGGGAACGCGGGGGAGAGCGGGACGAAAGAAGAGACCGCGAGCGGGGAGACCGCGGCAACCGGGACCGCCGCGACCGCGACAGGGACCGCGACCGGGAAAGACCCGACAGGGACCGGUUCGGCGCUCGAGAUAAUAACAACGGAGACCGCAGCCGAGAGAAGUCCCCUCGCAUUCCCGGCAACCCCGAACAGACUGGCGAAAAGUCCCUUCAGGAGCGACUAUGGGAGAUGGCCAACGGCAAGCCCGCUCCCAGGGACGACAAGCCCCGGGACGACUUCCAAGAUGGAAGGGAGGGAAGGGAUGACAGGGAGGAUGGGAGGAACGACCGUCCUCCGCUGUUGGAUAGACCGCCGAUGAGGCACGAUAUGGCGCCGCCGCUUAUGGAUGAUGAAUCAGACAACGGGCCAGGCGGGCCCGCGGGCCCGGGCGCCGGUUGGACGCAGCUGCCACGCAUGCCGCCGCCGCACUGCGCGCCUUUCCGAGCUGGUGAGUUAUUGUGCUAAAGCCCGG